ACCACGUGUGCUACUAGUACAGUCCCGUACAUAGUUUCUAAAUUUACUUUAUCGACAUGUCAUAAUCCUGGGCCCAUGAAAUGAUGCAGCUCGCUUGUGCGUAUCACACAGCUUAUCUGAGAACUCUCGGAUCCACCUAGCCUAGCCCCCGCAAAAUGUUCCCUCAGAAUAUGCGCAUCGACGUUCACCAUCAUGUCUUUCUAGACGCUCAGAAAAAGGCAAAGAAAAACUUGGAAGUAGGCUGGCGAACACCAGAUGAGAAUUUACCUUGGACACCGCAGAUUAGUUUGGCUGCAAUGGACAAGCUGGGAGUUCAAACAACGAUUCUCUCUCCCCCUCCAGUCUCAUCUACUUCAUGUGGAGCGGACAACCGCGUGGAAGUAAGGCAGCAGAAUAUUUACUCGUCGCAUUUAUGCGCCACAUAUCCUAGUAGAUUUGGAUUUUUCGCUGGCCUCCCAUUCCUGGAUGAUGUUGAAGGUGUGUUAGAGGAGAUCGCCUUCUCCUUUGACGUUCUUGGUGCAGAUGGAGUGGCUCUUAUAUCGAGCUAUGGGGAUGGCAGUUCUGCGAAGUAUGUCGCCGACGAUUUAUAUGAUCCUAUUUGGAAGGAAUUAGAUCGAAGACACGCUGUCGUGUUUUUGCAUGGUGCUCAGACGCCUUCCUCUACUCCAUACCCCCAUCCUUGGCUUGGCGUGCCAGUUUCUGAGGUUCCAAACGAGACCUACAAAGCUGCUGCCCACCUGGUGGUUAGCGGAAAAAAACGACGUUUUCAUAAUGUGAACAUAAUCCUCUCACAUCUAGGUGGAAGCACGCCAUUCCUUGCUCCACGUGUUGCUGCCCUUUCACAUUACAUGGGCUGUCCGUUGACUCCGGAAGAGAUCAUAGAAGAUUUCAAGAGCUUUUAUUACGAGACUGCUCUUAGCUCGCACGAAACGACGCUUACCGCAAUGGCGACACUCGUACCGUCUGACCGCCUCCUCUUCGGAACUGAUUUUCCAGCCGUGAGUGCCAAGACAGUCGAGUGGUACACAGAGAACCUGGAGAAUCAUUUCGCUGGAAGACCACUGGAGCUCGCUAAUAUUAUGCACGAAAAUGCUCUUAGGCUCUUUCCAAACCUAGGAAAAAGCAAUGACGUUUCCAGUGGUGGACAACAGAUCGGUCACCCACUACACGACGGGCCGUAGUGUGCUGUGGAUUUGUGAAAGAAUGUAUUGAAGGCCGUACAAAGUGAUGAAGUAUGCAAAAGAUCAUGAUUUAACCUAGGGUAGCAGAAAUGUGAAGAGACGUCUAUACA